AUGUUCACGAAGCAGAUCCUCACCCUGGCCGGGGCUCUCUCCCUCGUCAAUGCCAAGACUAACCCCCAGCAGACCUACACCCCGGCGGAGAUUGCGGCCGCCCGUGCCUCGGUGCUGCCCUACUCCCCGGUGUCCAAUGUAAGGGGCCUGGCCUUUGACCGGUUCGUGGAUAUCUGGAUCGAGAACACCGACUAUGAGACGGCUUCUUUGGACCCGAACUUCGCCAAGCUGGCCAAGGAGGGUAUUACUCUGACCAACUACUUUGCCACCACUCAUCCAUCCGAGCCCAACUACUGCGCCUCGGCCAGUGGUGACAACUUCGGCAUGGACAAUGAUGACUUCCACCAGAUGCCCGCAAACAUCUCGACCAUUGCGGAUCUUUUCGAUACGAAGAGGAUCGCCUGGGGCGAGUACCAGGAGGACAUGCCCUACGCUGGCUAUCAGGGCUACAGCUAUUCCAACAACGACGCUAACCAAUACAUGCGGAAGCACAACCCGCUGAUUUUGUUUGAUUCUGUCACCAAUGAUAACACCCGCCUGCGCCAGAUCAAGAACUUCACCAGUUUCUACGAGGACCUGGAGCACGAGAGACUGCCCCAGUACAUGUUUAUUACCCCGAACAUGACGAACGAUGCCCACGAUAGCAACAUCACCGUUGCUGGUGACUGGGCUGCCCGAUUUAUCCCUCCGCUGCUGAAGAACAAGUAUUUCAACAAGGACACCCUGCUCCUGUUGACCUUCGACGAGACUGGCAACUACACGAAGCCUAACCGUGUUUUCAGCUUCCUGCUUGGCGGUGCUAUUCCCGAGCAUCUGAAGGGUACCACCGAUGACACCUUCUACACCCACUACUCCGUCAUUGCCUCCUUGUCCGCCAACUGGGGCCUUCCCUCUCUCGGACGCUGGGACUGCGGUGCCAACAUUCUCAAGCAGGUUGCUGAGAAGACCGGCUACGUCAACUGGGAGGUUGAUACCAGCAACGCCUAUAUCAACCAGACUUACCCGGGCCCUGUGUCCGAGAACGAAUACUCCACGUACUCCCCUAAGUGGCCUAUUCCGACCACGGAAGAACGCUGCACUGCUGGCCACGGUAUUCUUGAUAUUGUUAAGAAGACCUACCGUGGCUUGAAGCCCACUUACGACUACACCAGCCCAAUUCCGUUUGACUCGGUCAGCGGAACCAACGUUGGCAUUCACUACAGCCGCACUGUGCACGGCAGGAAGGAAAGGGGUAUCACCGCAUAG